UGUACACCAAGUAUGAAAUGCUUUCUCCUAACCUACUCCAAACCAUUACUAAUUUAGAGUAAAAAGAGCGAACCAUAAGACUAAGAACUUGAAUUUUAUUCUUAAAAGAAAAGGUUCGUAAAAAAAAAAAAAGAUCGCCAUUUAAUUUGAAUGAAUUUCUAGAAGAAAGUGGUUUAACUGAAUUCUUUCGUUUUAACUCAGUUACUAUUAUACAACCAAUACUUAUGUAUAAAAGUUUAAUUAAAUUAAAGCCUCUACUUUUCUGAUAUCUACGAAAACUGCUUCUCAAUCCUUUAUUUAUUGUUUCCCUUACGCCAGAUUCAUUUGAAGUGAACCGUGCCUUUCACUUCUUAACUUAGAUUAUUAGUCUUCUUUGCUUUGUUUUUAUCUGUACCUUCGUUCAUUCAUUUUUUUAAUCCAUAAUGAGUCAGGAUCAAGAAGAAGAUUAUACAAAGUUACCUUUGGAAACGAGAAUUACACACAAAGUUUGGAAGGCUCGUCUAGGUGCUUAUGAGGAAUUAAAUAAAUCUUUUUCUCUUUCUGGCUCUCCGACGGAUCCUUGCUUUGACCUUUGGGCCCGUCAACCCGAUUUAUGGAGGUCUGUCCUUGCAGAUAGCAAUGUCGCUGCUCAAGGAGCAGGUGUUACUGCUUUCGUAUCGUUCUGUAAAUUUUCUGACCCUUCUUAUAUCGUUAAAUGUAGAGAACUUGCUUCUGCUGCCAUUUCAGAAAAAUGCCUUACCUCUCGAGCUUCCACAAAAUCCGAUGCUGUUGAAGCCCUGAUGUUAAUGAUUGAAGUUGAUGCUGCAGGUCCUGUUAUUGAUGCCCUUCUUCCUUCGUUAUCUGCGCGGUCUCCGAAAGUUAUUACGGCCAACGUAUCGGCUAUCGCUGACUUGGUCGAACAGUUUGGUACAAAAAUCGUUCCGCCAAAACCAAUUGUGGCACAAUUAAAGUCACUAUUUGGACAUGCCGAUAAAAACGUACGUCAAGAAACGUUCCGAUUAACCGUUCAUCUGUAUCGCUGGAUUGGAGAGCCUUUAAAAGCAUCUAUCUUUGGUGAUUUGAAACCUGUUCAAGUGAAGGAGCUUGAAGCUCUAUUUUCGAAAUUACCUACGGAUCCUCCUAAACAACUGCGUCUAUUAAGGAGUCAAAUUCCCGAGCAAACGGAAGCUACUGACGAAAGUGAAAAAGAAGAUGACCAUGGAAUACAAGAGGAGCCAAACCUUCAGGAGGAAGAAGAUGAAUUUGAUUUAAUAGAAGAAGUAGAUGUGAUUCCUAAGAUUGAUUCCAAUCUGGAAUCCGUAAUGUCCUCGACAAAGUGGAAAGAGCGUAAGGAAGCUCUUGAUGCACUCAUCCCAAUCCUCAGUCAGCCAAAAAUAAAAGAUGGAGAAUUUUUCGGGUUGGUCACUUUGUUAUCUAAAGCUAUUGUGAAAGAUGCCAAUGUUAUGGUGGUUAUGAAUGCAGCAAAUUGCAUAACGGCUUUAGCUAAAGGACUUCGUUCUAAUUAUUCUAAAUAUGCCAUUACUUCAAUCCAAGCACUUUUGGAAAGAUCAAAAGAAAAAAAGCAAAAUGUCGUAGAAACAUUGUCUUCAGCAAUGGAUGCUGCUUGUGAAACGAUACCUUUCGAUGAAAUUGCUGAACCCAUUUCCGCUUUUUCUAACAACAAAAACCCUCAGAUUAAAAUUGCAUGUUUUAAUCUUCAAACUCGAUGUUUCCGUAAAGUGCUUCAAUACCCUUCAAAGUUUUCUAUUGAAGUGUGUGCUAAGUCUUGUGUUCCGGGAGUUUCCGACACAUUCGAACCUGUACGUUCUGCGGCAGCUGAGGCCCUUGGAACCCUUAUGAAGCUAGUAGGAGAGCGCCCAUUAGCAGUAUACUUGGAUUCUUUGGACGAAAUACGAAAAUCGAAAAUUACGUCCUUUUUCGAGUCUGCUACGGUUAAGGCUGUAGCACCACCGAAAACAAAACCGGCACCUACAGCUUCAGCUAAGAAGCCUGACACUAAAUCAGUAGUAACCACGAAGCCAAGAUUAUCUAAAAACCCACCUUUGCCUCCAUCUUCUACUUCGACUGCAUCGAUUUCCCCUAAAAAGAAGGCGAAUACUGAGAAGCUUUCUUUAAAUGUGGAGAAAACGAAUGCUUUUGAAAAUGGACCUUUAAUGCCAAGACCAACAACUAGACCAGUUGCCCGUGGUCUUUCUCGCAAUUCACCACUUUUAAAUAAGUCUCCCGGUUUGAAAUCGACAUCACCUCUACCUGCUGGGACCAUAAGCCAAACGGUACAAGGAAUAAAAAACAUGGAAUUAGACGAUGCGGCACAUCAGCCUUCAAAACUUUCAAAGACAUCCUCAAAUUACUUAGAAUUGAAAACUAAUCAUAACGGCUCAGUCGAUGAAAUCGCUUCCUUAAAUGAAGAGAAUGAAGAGCUUAAAAUCUUAUUAUCUCGUGAAAGAGAUGAAAAAACUCGUUUGCAAAGAGAAUUAACUGAAGUCAGAAAGGAACUAAAUAUGAUUCGUGAUAUGCAACCUUCAUCUCCAUUAAAUGAUCGAAGAUCUGCUUUUUUGCGAAGAGCUAAUUCAGAAAUGUUAGACACAUCGGCAGGUCCAAGCAAUCGCAUUGACCUUCUACAAUCUCCAUUAGGAAGAGCAAGACCUUUAAGCUCUACAGGCUUUAAUCAGCACUCUCCAUCAGCGUUUUCAAAAUCAGCAAAUAAUCUUUCGUUUCAAACAGAUCCUCCGAAACAGCCAUUUUCUCCACGCUCAAACUUGACUUCAGAUUGGAGUAAAGCAAUUGAUUUGACAACGAGGUUGAAACAAAAGAUUACUGAAAUGAAGCAGACGGAUAUAAGACAUCAGGGAAUGAUUCAUUGAAUACUCACAGAAAGAAAAGAUAUGUUUUAUGUUUGGUUUUGUAUAAAGGAUUUGCGUAUAAUAAUGGUUAAUUUGGUGAACCUUAAGAAUUCUCAUGAUUUAUGUUUGUUUAUAUCCCUUGCAAUAGACCUUUGUUCCUUGUGAAUAAAAUAAAAUUCAAAUCAAGUGAUUAAUAAACUAUGGG